AUGCUGGAGCGUAUUCAACUGCUCGAAGAUCGUUUGUUCUCCUCCCCGGUCUUCGGUCAACCUGCGACAACACCCUCACAUCCUCCACAGUCGCUCGUUCAGCCAGACCCUGCUGAACAGCUCGGAGGAGCAACCUCUUCCUCUUACCUCAGAGAUCACCACGGCGAUGCCAUGAGCACAGAUGCUGCAGAAACUGACAAGCAGAUUCCCAUCCCGUUGUCACAUACCGCCAACGCAAAUCACGUCUUGGAAUGGCCCAUUGUCCAGCAGCUACUAUCUCAGACACAUUCAGCUCCACCACCAAAGCCGGCCUUGGGUGAUAUGCAAUCGACAGAGGCUACAGACAUCUUCUUCACCCAGGACGCGCAUGCGGCGCCGAGCCUGUGCCCGCCGGAAUCCUGGAGGCUGUUCAACAAGCAGGAUUUCGCUUCUUCCGGUGCUGUGGGCUACUACCGCGAACUCAUCCAGACAUACUUUGACGAAGUCAAUAUCUUCUUUCCGUUACUAUCAUUGGACUACGUUCAACGUCUCUUUGAUGCUAUUGUAUCUUUCGAGAGCUCAAAUGACGAUCAAGACGAUAUCGCGCCUGCACUUCACUGCCUGGUGCUGCUUGUGCUGUCCUUUGGCUCCUUUGUACAUGAUGGGAGGUGUCGAAUUCGCCUUGCAGGAAGCAGCACUGUCACACCACUGCCUUCACAAGACUAUUCAUCUUUGGAUGAUCAACUUUGGCGGAAAGCCAAGCUUCUUCUUGGCUAUGUUUCAUCCGACUUGACCCUCGAGGCGGCGCAGUGCACCAUGCUCGCGAGCCUAUAUACGGGCGCAAUGGGACGAGUAUCAGACUCCUUCCAUUGGGCGCACGCCACAGCUGUCAAGUGCGAGGCCCUCGCCAAACGGGUCACCGCCGAUACCACAGAGACUGGCGUCUUCUCCGAGUCCUUCCGCCGUCUCUACUGGGUCGCGUUCAUCUACGAAGGCGAUUUCAUAUCAGAAGUCUCCAUCACCCUCCCCUCAGGCAUCGCCCGCUACGAAGACGUCGUUCCCUAUCCCGUUCAAGAAGCGCCGUCUCACGCCCGCCGACCCCCCAGUUCCUCCACUGCCCAGCACCUCUCCCCCAGUGCCGCGAUGGCCAUCAGCCCCGCCUCGUCAUCCCUCGACCGCACCGAGGAGCUCGUCGCCUUCCAGAUCAGCACCAACGCCGCCAUCCGCCGCUUCCUCAACCGCGUCAACAGCGUCGUCUACGACAGCAAGGACCAGUUCCGCAUGACGCGCGCCAACUAUGCCAACUGGCUCCUCCGCAUCACGGAGGACCUCUGGUCCUUCCACGGCGCCAUCUACCAGAACCUCCCCGACUUUCUCCUCACCAGCAGGCCACGCAAGCCCACAGGGUCGCCCGCCACCCCGGGUUUCCCGUCCGUCGAGGAGCUGGGCAACAACCCGUGGAACGUGCUGCGGCUCGAGGGGCGGUACUAUGCGGGCCAGUACAUCAUCCACCGCCCGUUCAUCGAGUACGUCCUCCUCAACGUCAGUCACUUUGCGACGCAUCCGUGCCGCGAGGCUGUGCUGGAGCGGUGCCGCCUGUGUCUGCUUGGGUGCAAAGGGUUCAUCCAUGUCUUCGACGUAGAUCCCACCAACAGCGUGACGGGGCUCUUCGCCGCGGGUAUGGUGACGUUUACAAUGGUCAUCAUCUUGAGAGUGGCGACCAUGUGUCCCGUGUUUUGCGAUAUUCUGCCGCCCGAAAUUGAGCGUGCGAUUGUUGUCGGUGGGCGGAAUCUGCGUCGAUUCAGUGGAAGUGUCAGGGAGUUUGAGUGGCAUCUGGGCGUCUUGGAGAAACUAGAAGAAUCUUGUCGUAGGCAGGGGGGCGAUGAAUGA